AUGCCUGCAAAUCCGAAUCGGCCGAGCAAGGUCAAAGGUCAGGCCAAGUUUGCGGCCAGGAAGACGAAGGAGCAGCUGGAUGCCGUGCAGGAGCAGAUCGCUGAGAUGAGGCGACAGCUGGAAGCUGCAAAUGCUGCCAAAGCAGCAGCUCCAGUGGUCGUGCCUGCCACUUUGUUUGCAUCGGAGCAUCUGGCGGCUUUGCAGCAGCAGAUGGCGGCGCUGCAGCAACAGCUGGCGAAGCAGUUGCGCCGGCUGCACCGGCUGCACCUGUUCCAGCGCGACCCAUGGCAGUUUCUUGGCUGCACCCCCGGAGGCAGCCUCAUCGUCAUGGGAGGUGACCUCUCUGACCUCCAUCAAGCCCAUAUGGACCUGCUGUCGUGCGCCUCCACAUCCAGGCUUCGUCCUAUCCUUGGGUCACUGGCCAAACUGGACAGCGAGGACUUGGACAAGAUCAUGGCCAUGGACGGCGUCCCUCAGAAGUUUGACCUCUUCCUGAAGCAGGGCGACUCGGUUCGCAGCACGGUGCUCAUGACGUUGUUGAGGACAACGAAGUGCAUCCCGGUGCUCGUCCCGACGAUCAUGGCGGUGGUCGAACAGGAGUCGGUUGAACGUCGACUCAUCGGCCAGCAGAUUCUGGAUUGCUGGGUUCCGGGGCUGCUGGAGAGGAAGCCUGACGUGGCAAUUGAUCCUUUGACUGCGGUGCCGAAGCUCUACAUGGAGGAGCAUCACAAGGCCACAGCUGCGGAUGCUGGGAAGGCUGGCGCGGUGCCUCCCAAACCGCCAGCCAAAGGCUCCGUGGGGAAGGCUCUGGCGGUGGCGAGGGCGAAGGCCGUCGAGCCAAAGGCUGGGGCGGUGGUGGCGAAGGCCAACGAGCCGAAGGCUGGGGCGGUGGUGGCGAAGGCCAAGGCCAACGAGCCGAAGGCUGGGGCGGUGGUGGCGGCGAAGGCCAAGGUCAUCGAGCCGAAGGCUGGGGCGGUGGCGAAGGCCAAGGUCAUCGAGCCGAAGGCUGGGGCUGGGGCCAAGGCGAUCCUGCAGCCGACGCCGAAGGUCAGCAGGAAGAGGGCGAGGUCUCCGCCCCCGUGA